GGGUAUCUCCUCCUCCUCCUCUGGCGUCACGUUCUCUCCUCUUACAAAAGCUACAUGGAGACACUGGAGCGACCGGCCACAAACGACGGCGGUCGUCCUGGGUGUCGGUGGAAAGACUAAACAAGAGGCGAAAUGAGGGCGUUCGGUUUGAUCCUGAGGUCCGCCAGCGGCAUUUCGGUUGCCCGGCAACAAUCCCGGAGGGCGAUGUGCGCUUUCGCAUUGCCCAGGAGAAAGAACGAGCCAGGCUUCGGCUUGCUGUUCGACAUCGAUGGGGUUUUAGUACGAGGAAAGACACCCAUCCCUGCAGCCAAAAAAGCUUUUCACAAGCUGGUGGACUCUAACGGCCAGUUUAUCGUUCCUGUGGUUUUUGUCACCAAUGCUGGGAACUGUCUGCGGCAAAAGAAAGCAGAUCAGCUAUCUCACAUUCUGGGGGUUCCUAUAUCCCAAGAUCAAGUCGUGAUGUCUCAUAGUCCCCUGAGAAUGUUCAGGAAAUAUCAUGAUAAGUGUGUGUUGGUAUCAGGUCAAGGCCCAGUGCUGGACAUUGCCAAAAACUUGGGCUUUAUUAAAGUGGUCAGUAUCGAUAUGGUAAGAGAAUCAUUUCCCCUACUGGACAUGGUGGACCAUAACCGACGACCAAAAUUGCCAUCCUCUCCUAUUGUGAACCUUACAGACAUUGAAGCUGUGAUCCUCUUUGGAGAGCCAGUUAGAUGGGAGACCAACCUGCAGCUAAUUAUCGAUGUUUUACUGACUGGUGGGAAUCUGAGUAAUGUAUAUGCAACAUCUAACUCCACCCACCUGCCUGUUUUAGCAUGUAACAUGGACCUCAUGUGGAUGGCAGAAGCCCAGGCUCCAAGAUUCGGCCACGGCACGUUCAUGGUGUGCCUGGAGAACAUCUACCAGAAGAUCACAGGCCAGGAGCUGAAGUAUGAGGCUCUGAUGGGGAAACCUAGUGAGCUGACUUAUCAUUACGCUGAGUAUCUGAUCAGAACACAGGCUGCAGAGCGAGGCUGGAGAUCUCCAAUCACCUCACUCUACGCUGUUGGAGACAACCUCAUGACGGACAUCUACGGUGCAAACCUCUACAACCGCUACCUCAAGGAACGGAUGUCCAGGAAGAGCGGCCAAAUGCAACAAGCUCUGACCGGCACAGGAGCGGCCGUCUCUCAGGACGAGGACACAGACAACGACUGGGAAAGUGAGUUAGCGUCUCCUUCUGCCACAUCCUGCAAGUCUAUCCUGGUGUGUACAGGCGUGUAUAACCCGCACACCGAGCUGCUGAAAGGCACCAACCAGUGCAUCAAAGAGACUGUGUUCCAUGGACACCGCGACUUUCGAGUCGAGCCUGCGCUGAUCGAGCCCUACAAUGUCGUCCAAGAUGUUCACGCUGCUGUCGAACUCAUUUUCGAAAUGGAGAAAUUUGUAACUAAGGUUUAGUCACAUGGAAACACUGAAUACAAGAAGCUUAAGCUUUUACUGUCUCGCCAUUUCUAGGAACGUUAUUACAUAAAAUAUACAUAGUUAGAAGGACAGACUAUGAUCCAUAAAGCACAAUACAAGACACUGUGGUAUAUUACACAUAUGUAUGAGAUGACUAGAUAUGAUAAAAGGCUUACAAGACUGUAUUACCACAUCAGAACCAUCUAAUUAGAUGAUUGUCCUUUGUGUUUUGAACACAUUUACCACACAAAUUUUCUAAUUUUACCAUAUUGUACUACAAAAUGUAGGUUUUUUUGUUUGUUGUUGUCGUUGUUUUUUUCUUUAUAGUAACUGAGGCCAAUUUUAAAUUUUUUGUUAGAAUAUUUAUACAGUACAGUAUUGAUUGACUGUAUGUGAAUUAUUUAGGUCAGGCUUUUACAUUUAUUUUAAAGGUCUUAUCUGUACAUUAUAAUUAUUUUAAUUCACCAGUUUCUUUAAUCCCAACAAUUGUUAAUUAUUUUAUUAUUAUUAUUAUUAUUAUUAUUAUUAUUAAACCAGCAUUUGGUAAAAAAAAAAAAUGUCUGUUUUAAAUUUAAAUAAUACAAUUAAUCACGUUUCUGAAUGUUAUUUAAAGCUGGUCUAUAUACUGUACUGUCCUGUUAAGCUCCUUAUAGGUUUUACUUUAUUUGUAUUUCUUUUUUUAAGUUAUUGUUAUAUUUCUUCACUAAUGUGUUGGUCAGUUGAGGUUGCAGAUCUGGUCUGUGUUUGUGCCACACCACUUCAUUACUACUUAAGUAUUACUGAAUAAUUACUAAUUUUAAAUUUUCUUUUUUUUUUUUUCUUUUACAGUGCCUUACACAGCUGAGAGACAUGUGGUAUAAAUAGUCCUGCUCUCUUGCACAUUGUAGUGGCAUGAAAACUAUGAAUAAUCUCAUUUUAUUUCUUCUCUAUGUUUAAUCUUUAAGAAAUACUGUAGAAUCAAACCUAAGGAUGGUUAACCUCAUAGCUAAAGAAAAUUAAACGAAAGCCACCAGAAUGAAAUCGCUACCACUCGAACAGAAUUGCAUGUGCAACGAAUUUCUUUUCUGUUCAGAAUUAUUGAAGGUAUUGAGAAAUGGUAUGAUAUUGAAAUGGUAAUAAAAUGUUAUCCCACUCAA